AUGAUGUCCACAAAGACACCCAAAAUUGACAUCAAGUCAAAGGGAGCCGUGAAAUGCAAAUCCAAUUCACAACUAAAACCCAAACAAUUUCCGCGACUUCUCAAAGAUAUCGAGAAAUUUGAUAAACGGUUGCCUCCGGAGAGGACAGUGUCUGUAAGUGGUGUCAAAAGUGACCAUCAAUUGGAUGUGAUGUCCCAUUAUAUGGACAAUGAGGUGACGGCUAGUGAACUGAUCCAAGAGCCCGAACCACACGAGUUGGCCGUUGGUUACGAGUGGUGUGAAUCGGAUCUGAAUGUCUUGGCUCCAGAAGUGGAGCACACGAACCAAUUGAUUGAAACCAGUGAUGAUGUGAUAGUGAACUCGACUGAUGACAACAAAAGUGUGGCUAAAGUGAAGAAACAGACAAAAAGCAGCAAAAGACAGGAAGAGAUGAGACAACAGUUGAAAGAACUGGAGAACAAAUCGAAGACAUUGAGCCUAAGAACUGCUCUGAAGAGUUACAUCCAUUCGUGUAUUUAUGCGGAUAUGGUAUCGAAAGCACAUUCAGUGCUAUUGUAUUACCGAAACAAACACAUGAAAGCCGUGAAAGUGAACCGAAAGUACGAAGACAUGAAUGCGCUGAACGUCGGCGUCUAUAAUGUGUUACUCAAGGGUUGGGCACAAAGAGGCAAAACCGCGCGAAUCAAAGAGUUGUUAAAUUUGAUGAAAUCGGCAAAUGUUAGGCCAAACAUCGAGUCAUUUGCUUAUUAUUUCCUCUCAAUGGGACGACAGGCCAUCCCUCCCACGGCUCUUGACGUGAUGUCCGCCUUCGACGACAUGACUCUAAAUGACUUAAACGCUGCGAAAGUCUUUGAUAAGUGUUUUGUGAGUAAAGAGGAGAAGAAUAUUAUAUUAAAACUAUUGAGUAAAUCGAUUCCACAACUGAAGCCAAAUGCAGUGACUUUUGCCGCAGAAUAUUCGUGUGAUUUAAUGAAAUCAAUCGACAAAUUAGAGCAAAAGACUUAUAAUCCGUGCGAAGACAUGGAUUUGAGUGGUUUAGAGACUGCAGUGGAACAACAGUUUGGGUUAGAAAUCAACGGAAAUAUUGUUAUCAAAUCAAUAGUUUCGGACGAUUUGAGUGAUACGAGCGAUAAAAAGAAGAAAUAUCUGAAGAAUCAGCCAAACAUCGAGUCAUUUGCUUAUUAUUUCCUCUCAAUGGGACGACAGGCCAUCCCUCCCACGGCUCUUGACGUGAUGUCCGCCUUCGACGACAUGACUCUAAAUGACUUAAACGCUGAGAAAGUCUUUGAUAAGUGUUUUGUUAGUAAAGAGGAGAAGAAUAUUAUAUUAAAACUAUUGAGUAAAUCGAUUCCACAACUGAAGCCAAAUGCGGUGACUUUUGCCGCAGAAUAUUCGUGUGAUUUAAUGAAAUCAAUCGACAAAUUAGAGCAAAAGACUUAUAAUCCGUGCGAAGACAUGGAUUUGAGUGGUUUAGAGACUGCAGUGGAGCAACAGUUUGGGUUAGAAAUAAACGGAAAUAUUGUUAUCAAAUCAAUCGUUUCGGACGAUUUGAGUGAUACGAGCGAUAAAAAGAAGAAAUAUCUGAAGAAUCAACUUUGUUCCAAUAUGAGUGAAUACUAUAGCCCUCCGAUGUCCACACUUUAUGCGAAUUUAGGCAAAAAAAUAAUGCUUCGGUAUUUGGUUAAGACUCACAUCAGGGAUGGAACCGCUCAGGACUUCCAGGAACUCUAUAAUAAAUAUAUUGAUUACUAUAAAAAUGCAGAAUUGACCACAAAAUACAAUCCGAGACAGUUUUGGCACAAAUUGAUGGCAGAGAACCAACAUUACUAUAACGAUAACUCUCGUGAUAAGGUGUGGCCCUUUCACGUGCAGGUAGGGGUCGGACAGUUCCUCUACGACCUCAUCGUUCAAGAAAUCAAAAUUGACACAAAUAUUAUGCGAUUAAACAAUACUUGCAAACGAAAAGUGCCCGCAUUUGGCAUCACAUAUAAAUCUAUAGGCAAUCUUAAGUAUCAGAAAGAAUUCAGAGCGCAUCCUAUUGUGACGAAACUGUUCCGAAAGACAUGUUUAGAUAGUUUAGUGUUUGAUAUCAAUAUGUUGCCAAUGCUUUGUCCGCCCACACCAUGGAUUUCACCAAAAUUUGGCGGAUAUUUGUUGUCUAAAACCGAUUUCGUCCGAAUGCCCGACAGUUACCAGAAAUGGAUUUAUAAUAAUUACGACAAACAGAAACUAUACCCCACUUUUGAUUCAUUGAAUUACCUCUCGAUGUGUCCCUGGAUUCUCAAUUCCAAAGUGUUGGAAGUGGCCGUCCAUUUGUUUCGAAAUAAAGGAGACCUCAGUUUGAGUAUUCCUAAACCCAUAUCAGAGUACCCACCGCUGCCUAAAGUGGAACAAGGCCGCGUAUAUCCAGUUCCGCCUCAUUUUAACCAUUUGGGCAGUGAUUUGACGCGUUCCCUAAUGCUGUUCGCAAAGGGACAGCCACUGGGCGAGUAUGGACUCGAUUGGCUCAAAAUCCAUUUAAUAAAUCUGACGGGACUUAAGAAGCGGUCAUCCGUUUUGGAGAGACUGGCGUUUGCUAAUGAAAUACUGCCACUUAUUAUAGACUCGGCUGACAACCCAUUGGAGGGCUGCAAGUGGUGGACUCGAAGUGAUGAGCCCUGGCAGACACUGGCCUGUUGUAUGGAAAUAGUAAACGCUAUGCGAAGUCCAGAUCAUAAGCAAUACAGGAGUCACUUCCCCGUACAUCAAGACGGCUCCUGCAAUGGUCUGCAACACUACGCAGCCCUCGGACGCGAUCAGUCCGGAGCCGAAUCAGUGAACUUACAUCCGUCUGACAGACCACAGGAUGUCUACAGCGAUGUCGCGGCUCUCGUCGAGAAGCAAAGAGUGAAAGACGCGACUGAAGGCCAUGAAAUCGCUUUACUUCUGGACGGAUAUGUGGGCCGAAAGAUAGUUAAACAAACGGUUAUGACAUAUGUUUAUGGCGUGACUCGAUUUGGGGCUAAACUCCAGAUAUUUAAGCGCUUGAAAGAGACCGAAACCUUCCCUAAAGAGCGAGCAUUUUCUGCCGCAAUAUAUUUGACACAAAAAACGUUUCUUUCGAUUCAAGAGAUGUUUACCGAAACGCGUUGUAUUCAGGAUUGGCUCACAGACUGCGCCCGACAUAUAUCGCGAGUUUAUGAGAAACCAGUUGAAUGGGUGACCCCUUUGGACUUUCCUGUUGUCCAACCCUAUCAUAAGACCAAAACGAAAAUUGGCGAAACAUUUCUUGGAAUUAGAAAUGAAACCACUUUAAAGUAUUUGAGUCGUUCGGACGCUUUUCAGAAACCAAAUUCAUUGAAACAAAAGAACGCCUUUCCUCCCAAUUUCAUUCAUUCGCUGGACUCGUCUCAUAUGAUGCUAACAGCCCUUCAGUGUCAACGGGAAGGCAUUACGUUUGCUUCGGUUCACGACUGCUUCUGGACUCAUCCCAAUUGCGUGGAAACAAUGAAUCGCUUUUGUAGACAACAGUUUGUUUCACUUCACAGUCAAUCCAUUCUGGACAAUCUGUCCCAACAUUUCAUUCAAAUCUACGGACAAAUGCCUUCCAAUGCGACCAAAAAUGAUGUCAAUAAGUCAAUGAGUGAUUGUUUGACACAAAUCAAUGUCAACGCCACUCAACCACUGAAGACAUCACUGAUUAGCACAUCUAUGGAGACACAGCAGUCUCCACAACAGGUCUCAUCCCUCGUCACUACCGGUGAUCACAACUCGACGGCCGAGUCUUCGGCCAACUCUGCAGUGAAUGUCUCGUUGAGUGCAACCAUUAUCUCAUCCAAUGCUUCAGAAACCCAUAACUCUAUGACUUCGACACCCAAUCUAACGAUGAGUUCGUCGCCGAUGCCCUCUUCGGUCACAGUCUCCACUCAGGGAUCCAUUCAAGCGGUCAGUACUCAGAGUCAGCAGCAGAUGGUGUCUUCAUCUCAGCCCCAAUUGGUUGCUUCCACUCAAUCGGCGCACAUGAGUGCCACCAACGCUCUCAUGGCUCAGUCGUUGGGCGCAACCAUCACUUCGGUGGCCAACCAGACCGUGCAAAUGGCGGCACAACAGCCCCAACACCACAACCAAAUGCAACCAUUGCUUCAGACGUCGGUCCAGCAGUCGGCCGCCAAUCAGAUGAGUGUUGCCAUGUCUUCGUUACCUCAGAUGCAGGUGAUUCAGCAGCCCAUUGGCGCGCCUGCGGGCACCUAUCAGUUCCAACAGGUGUAUCCCCAACAGAUGCUACUGCCCGGCAAUCUCACCAUUCAGAACAUGAGUGCCUUCGGCGCCACCAAUCAGGGCCUCUCCCUUCAGAUCCCAUUCACGGGAUCGGGAUCUCUGAACACGCAUACGAUGCCCAUCACCUCCAUUGCGGCCAAACCCCCCAUUAUGUCGAAAGGGGUGGCCAUCUCACCACUGCCUCAGACCCAUCAGAUGAUACAACAACUCAAGCCUAAUAUGGGUCCGCCGGGCACUCAACAGAUACUGAAACAGGUUCUGCCGGCCCAACAGUUUAUACCCCAUUCGUCGGCCAAUCAGACGGUAGUCAUCAGCCAACUGUUGCCCCAACAAAAUCAACACCAAAUCCAACAGUCGAUUCUACCCGCAAAUGCCAACAAAACCAUUAUAGAGGGCCCCAAAGGAAAGCCAUUUGGAAUGGGUUUUGUCCGACCCUUUAGUAAUAAGAUGCUGUCCCAUAGCGGUGCCAUUCAACCCAAGUCGCCAAUACUUCCAGCGACGGCCACAUCUAUAUCGUCGACACUUAUGGCUAAUCCUCAGUUCAAGAGUCCAUUUUCUGCCAACCCUAAUACGGCUCAAUUGAUUACAACACAAACGCCUUCGGGUUUACUAACAAACCCACAGAUAUUGGGUUCUUUCCAAACUCUGCCGCCGGGACUCACGUGGGCUACGAGUCCUCAGUCAACCCAUUUGGUGGCCCCCAACGGGUCCCCCAUUUUCAUCAGAGGCCCCACUCAGGGCACCGAACAUAUGUUUAUAUCCACUUCCAAUAUGUCCAGUCCUCACAUACAGACCGUCUCAAUGGCACCGCCUAUGAUGCACAACACGACCGCUCACAUGCCGGUCAACACCGCACACAUGGCGGCGCCCACACAAAUGACACCAACUCUUCAGCAAAUUACUACGACCACUAUCAUGAACACAACGCCCACCACAUCAGUGGUCACCACCAGCCAGCCCCCAGCCAUAGCACCCGCUCCCACACCUCCCAGCGCUACUAAAAUGCGAAAUAUAAGGCAGGCCAGCAUUGCCACACAGACUGCCGCUCCAGUCGUUGCUCAGAAACAACAUCCCGAGAGUUCGACUCCACUGAAGCCAAUAGCGGCAAAACCCAAGUCCAGUCCCCAAUCAGUGCCGCAAAAUACUAAACCCAUUGGCAAAGACUCGAACACAACGACAAUGCGGUCAACAGGUGUUGGCAGCACUCAAACCAUUAGUCAACCGACCCUUCAGUCAAACAAAAGCGAUGCCUCGAAUCAAACGACUCGCGUGUCAGUGGCCACAGAGACGUCCAAAACUAAUAGUCAGAGUCAGGUGUCGUCGAGUCGUCACACGAGUGAUCACAACAACAAACCACUGAAAAGCAAUUCCAGUACUAAUACGAGCUCUGAGUCGAGCCAAACGAAAGUCAACUCAAUUGCCAAUGAAGUGAAGACUCCGACGAAGAGGGCUGUGGUCGAGAAGAAGGACGCGUCGACUGGAGGCGACUCGGAUGUGAUGAACAAUUUGUACGCUCAACACAAUCACAAAUCCGUUCAGAACUCCAUUCAGACGACAAAUAAUGUCUCCAAUAAUGUAAGUCAACACAACUGUCCACAAGUUUUGUCUGAUCUGAACCGUCAGGACAUCUCCAAACAGCCGCCACAGAAGGCUAUAAAGCCACAGAUCCUGACGCAUGUUAUCGAUGGCUAUAUCAUCCAAGAGAGUCCUAACCCUUUCCCAGUCAAUGGCCUCUCCUAUAGUGGUGACCAAAAGUGCUUAACCGACGAGAAGAAUAACACAAUUAUUCCGAUAGAAAGCAUUAAAGCGAAGACCAAGAAUGAGAACUCAUUGACCGCCAGUUCAUUGCCUUCGAUGUCAUCGCGCAAAUCGACGGCUGACCGCCAUUUAUGUCUAUUUUGCGGACAAAAACGAAAGUCUAAUUCAAAAAAUAAUCGCAAUUUUAAACGAUUUUGUAGUCAAUCGUGUUCUGAGAAAUUCAAUUCAAAUAAUGAAAGGAACUCUUCGUCCAGUCCUCGCCUCGCGUUAUAUAAUUCAGUGACCGCUCAUCUCGAAGGCACAGACCCACAGAUAAGUCAUGAAUCAGGCGUCGAGUUGUCCGCAAACGAUACGAAUGAUAAGCAAACUGUCGACGAAAGGAAAAAGAAAUCGUUGAAGAGAUCUCAUGACAGCACCAAUGAUUUGAACUCGACCAGAAAUGGAGAUUUGAAUGACUCGAUGGAUCGAAAUCAUCGCAAGUCAACGCUCAACACGUCUUUAGACACACCAUCCGUUAAUGUGAUACCCAAUGUGGCAGUUGUGACACCCGAUGACUCCAACUCCAGUGCCACCAGUGCUACGGCCGGUCUCUAUAUUCCUCCCGGCGGUCGAAACCCUCUUCAAUGGAGUGUCAACGAUGUCUAUGAAUUCGUGCGUAAUCUUCAGGGAUGUACGGAAUAUGCAGACGACUUCAGGUCCCAAGAAAUUGACGGACAGGCGCUUAUGCUCAUCAAAGAGGACCAUCUGAUGAACACAAUGAGCAUGAAAUUGGGUCCGGCGCUCAAAAUCUGCAGCAAAAUCAAUGCAUUGCGAGACGACGUUCAGAAACAAAGUUAAAGUCAACUUUGAAUGUAUGGCUUAUUCAGUGACUAUUGUUUUGAUUUUUAAUAUAACAUAAGACUCUUGUGACAAGAGUUAAUGGCUGAUGAUAUUCUGUGCGAAUUUGUAUUAUUUAUUUAUAAUCACUUUAUAUGAAAACCAAACUUAAUUAUAAUGAAGAGAAGGGCUUCCUUUCCCUAAACAAUCACUACUCACUUCAUGAUUACCACAUAUUUUGCAAUCAUUUCAAAAAUUCUCAUUCAAAUAACAUAA